UCCUGUAGUCAACGAGCGAAAUUUUGAGUACUAACCGAUUGUUGCGAUUGUGCCAGAAUUGAUGGAUUAUACUCGUCACUAGGGAUCCAGGUGAUGACGUCAUGAUACCAACGGCCCAUCAGCGAGUUUGGAUUAUAUUUUGUUGGUACCUUGUCUUACAAUGUUUCUUCGCAAGCCACCGCCUCUUUCCAACGGCCACCGCCAACGGUGGUUCCGCAGACCAGAGCCUCCCUUUGCUAGAUGACAGUGAGCUUCUGUUGCUCGGCAUUCAUCGUCAGCAGCAAUCAAACUAUGCCAGCAGCAGUAGCUCAUCCCGAUUCUCGAUGAAGGCCCACGAAACACCCUACUCAGAUGGUAGGACCAACACUAGGAUAAACAAUAAUCGUAAGAUUAAUUUAGUGUCUUACACAUCGAGUAUAGAUAAUUUUUUGAACAGUCUCGAAGACGAGGAUGACAAUUUCGUUCGGCCGUUCGACGACACUCAUAUAGUCGCCUUUGCCAAACUUUACGAGCAAAACCACCAGGCCAACGAAGGGAUCGACGAAGUAGCUCAGCCCGCACGGCACCAACUAUUAGUUAAUAAAAUUGUCCAACAAUACUACCCUAACCAGCAUCGCCACCGGAGGUCACUGUUUCAACGUCGAUCGACUCGAAGUACUUCGGCUGGGUCCGACUCCGGUGUGGCGAGACCACACUCACCUACAUCCUCCUACAGCACACUAUCUCCCAGUUCUAUUUCUACGAGCUCACCACCGCUCGUGUCCCAUCAUGGGGCACGCAUCGAACCUGUUGUACAAGAACCUUCCAACCAGAUGAGUAGUAGUAAUUAUAACAAAAACAGUGAAUACGAUAAAUCAGAAAAGAAUGGGAAGAUGGCUGUGACUGAUAUUAUUAGGAGUAAUAAUAGUGAUCAUAAUUUCGUUAGAAACUUGACGCUUGCUAUUGCCGAGCAUUCAUCAUCCGAUAAGAACCGGGAGCGGGGUGAGAAGAGCAGUGCACCAGCUGUGACAUUGCCAGAGCAGCCCAAAAAGCAAGACGCUGUGACGGAAGUAGAGCAGGGAAAGGGAACCAAGUCAGCAGUGGGUGUUGACAGAGCCACCCAUCAGCACCACCCGGACUCGAAAACUAAUACAUCAACGCAGAAAGCAGUUACAUCAACACAAACAACCCAACUAACAACAGUAGAAGACAGUAGCAUAGCUGUGGAAAUGGCACCACCAGAGGUGGAUUCCGUUGUUGAAAGAACAAUAACACCACGGGAACAUUUGCCACAAAAUAUCUACAGUGGCAUUAAUGUCGACAGUUUAAAUUUGCUCGACGACAGCGUUCAUGUCAGCAAAAGCAGCAAAUCCUUGACGGCGACCAACAGUGGAGAUUCCUCCACGCGUUUCACUUCCAAGCAGGAGGUACAGAGCAUGAGUAGUAAUAACUUAUUUGCUAGUGAAAACUUUGACGAGCAAAUUAUUUUCCUCAAUGGUGGCGAUUUGCUGGAAGGCAGUCCGGAGCAGUACGAUAUGCGCCAGUUUGGCAAGGUAGAGCGUGACGUGAAAAUGAGCGAAUUGAGAAAUAGCAACCCGUUUCUCAAUGACGAACCGGUGGCACUACCACUGCGGCCCAUUAUCCGGGGCCCGACGGACGACCACACCGAGGAAAACGUGGUCGUCAUCUACGCUGAGCAGCACGAAACGGCGAUGUUGGCUUGCGAAGUCGAUGCCGAUAUAACUUCUAGCGUGUGGCUUAAGGAUGGUCAGAUGGUGCACAUAAUGGACAAAAAGUCACGAACCGAUGACAUUCGGUUUGUACGGGAGUCGCACGGUGGCCUCACCAUCCGGAAUGUAAUGCUGGAGGACGACGGGGUGUGGCAGUGCGAGGCAGAAAAUGCUCGGGGAUUUUUCUUCAAUGGACGUCCAAUCAAGCUAGUAGUGCUGGAUCCGCCGAAGGAGCCAUACCUGCUGAUAGACCAGCGGCGCCUCGACGCAGGAAACAUGUUCAUCCCGGUAAAGGAAAAUUCGGAGCUAACAUUGGCCUGUGUUAGCGAGGGGGGAAAUCCAAAACCCUCGCUCAGCUGGGAAGUCCUGCUUAGUCCCGGAAUCGACCGUCACGCACAAAAAAUCUCCAACGAUGUGCUAGAGCUGCAGGAGAUUAAACGAGACAAGGAUAAGGAAUCCUACAAAAUUAAUACUGGUGCUGUUUCGGAAGCGAAACUUUCGGCAGUGUUUCGUGUACAUCACAACGCUCGCAUCCUCUGUGUUAUGGAACAUCCGACGCUGAAAAUGCGUCAAAACGCAUCUAUUCUACUAGACGUGCAGUACACUCCUUCGUUCGCCAUCACGCGUACACCUGGUUUUGGAUAUCCGCUGCGGGAGGGCAUCGAGGUGUCACUCAAAUGUGACGUGGACUCAAAUCCACCGUCGACACCAGUUUGGCAGAAAGACGAAGGCGAAACUCCAGUGCCACAAACCGGAGACGGAUUUCUCAACUUUAGCUCGAUUAGACGGGAGCAUUCCGGCUGGUACAAGUGCACCUCACGACAUCUCAACUUCCAGUAUUCGAGCAUUGGCUAUUACCUUAGCGUGCGAUAUGACUCAGUUGAUGUUACAUCGGAACCGGUAGAACAAGAUCUGCCGUUGUCCUCGUCGUCUUCGUCGGCUACUUCCGCAGCAGCUGGUCUACAGAACGGUGCUAAUAACUUCAAAGGAGGCCAAAUGGAGGUAGAGCUUGGUGGCUCUGUCACGCUUCAAUGUCCACAGGGUUCUCUCGGCUGCUGGUCCCAUUUGGAUCCGAUAACGGCCCGGCUCAAGGGACUCGGUGUAGGCAUCUCUACCCCGACAGGCCAAUUUUCGCUGAAGGACGUCGUCUACCAGGACGCUGGCACGUACAAGUGUGUUGGCCAAAGCUCAACCAAUCGCAAAAAGCUCGAAGUGCUGCAAACAGUUUCGAUUGCUGUUAAGGGAGCCCCGACAGUGAUUGCUCGGAAUACAACUCCAGUAGCUUUUCCCGGCUCGCCGUUACACCUGUCGGUAGAAUUUUGUGCCAAUCCAGCGGCAUAUGCUGCUCGAUGGUUACACGGAGAUCUGGUGUAUACUCCCGGAAAAAAGUAUGGAGACGACGUGCUGGCCUAUGGAUUUAUCGAUCUCCCGACACCGUUCUGCAAGGAAGCACGUCUAACCUACGUGCACAUGCACGAGAAAGUUCCUCGUACGUUCUAUUUCAUCGUAUCAUCGCCAGGUGGCGUUGCGGAAGCGAUCUUUAACGUGAACUUUACGCUGAAGCACAAAACCACUGGGUCCUCGCUUGCCUCCUUUUCAGCCAACUCCGGCGGCGCGGGACCAUUAGGUUCUGCCUCGUCAUCCCUUUCGUCGGUGUCGGCAUCCGCUUCCGGAGGUGCAGCCGGCGUGGGUGGUGUUGGUGCUGGAGGUAGUGGCCUCAGCAGUGGUGGAUCCGGCUACAAAAUCAACACCAAUACCAUCAACAACCUUCCCAAUAACGGCCUGGACGAGGACGAAGAGCUGAUGGAGCCGGAAGAGAUUCAUUUUCCUAUCUUUGGCUCGGGCGCCAACGGUUCACCACUGCUCAUCUGUCUGUCAGGUUUGCUGAGGAGAAAGCGAAAACGAACUCUUGUCUUUUGGCUAGGGAGCCAAACGCCUGGCAUUAUGCAAUCUUAAAUUCCUAUAAGGGAAAAUUGGACGGAA